AUGUAAAAAUAAAAUAAGUCAUUUUUUGAGUAAGAAACUUGCUUGGCUGAAAUUGAAUUACCAACAGAAUGGAGACCUUAAUUUAUUAAAUGGACAAAAAAGUUAGAAAAAUAAGAUAAAUAUUAAGAGAAGUUAAAGGCUAGUUUGGAAAUAAAAAACAAUGAAUAUUAUUUAACAAUAGAAGAUGAAAAAGAUGAAAAAUAAUCAAUUAGAAUGAAUAUAAGCGAAUUAAAAUAACCUAUGAAUAAAUGUAAUUUAUUGAUACCAUCACCUCCUUAUAAUGAACCAAGGGAUAUUUAAAAUAUUCAUUGUUUGCCAUACAAAGCAAAAGCAAAAAUUGAAAAUAAUUAAAAAGAUGUUGAAGAUUUGCAAAAUAAAUUUCGUAGCCUUCAUUAUAGUGAUAAAUAGAAAUAGAAAUAUUUAAAUUAGUCUAGCAAUUCAGAUAUUGAAAAAAGUGCAAGUGAAGAUGAAUUUUCUGGAUUUUAAAUUCCUGUUUACUUCCAACUCUCUCAUAUAGGUAUUAUUAUAUUUCAAUUUAGAAAUUAGGGAUUCCUAAUAGGGAAAGGAUAAGCCAUAAGUAGAAGUUUAUGAUAAGCAAAAUUUAAAGACUAAUUUAAUUGAUUUUUUGAGAACUAAAGGAGAUAGUGGAGCAAACAUUUAAGACAUAAAACAAUUCUAUAAAUUUUAAAGCGUUCCAGAAGUAUAAAUAGUUUUAAAUAAUAGAAACAUUUAAGAGAUAUGCUAAAAUCGUUUGCAAAAACUACAAUGAAAUCUAACAAAUUAAUUUAUAUUUUGCCUUCUACCUUAUAGAAUUGAAAUAUUCAUGUUUAAGAAAAGACAUAUGCAU